GGCUGGGCUUUGGCAUCCUGUCAAUCUGCUGUCUGCUCAAAAGCCUAGAAAUAGUGCUGGGGCAGUCUACUGGAUUCUGAGAGAGGAAGCAGCCAUGCAAGUGCUCACUAAACGCUACCCCAAGAACUGCCUGCUGACUGUCAUGGAUCGGUACUCGGCUGUGGUUCGUAAUAUGGAGCAGGUGGUGAUGAUCCCCAGCCUUCUGAGAGAUGUGCAGCUGAGUGGGCAUGCGGGCUCGGUCCAGGAGGGAGCACCCGAUCUCUAUACCUACUUUACCAUGCUCAAGACCAUCUGUGUAGAAGUGGAGCACGGGCUGCUGCCAAGGGAGGAGUGGCAGGCCAAGGUGGCCGGCAUCGAAGCUAGCGACACCGAGAAUGAAGCUGUUGAGGCAGAGGAGAAUGAGGAAGAGAGGAUCUCAGGGGAGCUGGACCUAGAAGCCCAGUUUCAUCUGCACUUCUCCAGCCUCCAUCACAUCCUCACCCACCUUACCCGCAAAGCCCAGGAGGUGACGAGGAAAUACCAGGAAAUGACAGGACAGGUCCUGUAGGCCUCCAACUCUAAGGAAGAUUACUUUAUCAUGAGAGAGGGAAGACUGACAAGGACUCAACAGCCCAGCAGCCUUGGGACCAGAAGGGAAGGCCUGGACCCACUGGCAGUGAAGGGGACCUGUGUCUCUGGAAUACUUCCCCACCUCCAGCUGAUCGAGUUUGUGGGCUCAGUUGCAGGCUCACCCUUAAGAUGUUUGCUUCGAUUCCCAACUUCUCUUCCUUAGCAAGUGGCCAAAGUUCAUGUCCCACCUCUUGGAUGUCAUUUAGUGCCCGGUGUCACAAGUUAUUUAUCCCAGGAGCCCAAAUUCCCUCAAGUAUGAAACAGAUGCUUAUCUACCUCACAAGGUUACUAAAAGAAAACACGGAAUCAAAAGCACUUGACAUGUGCCAACAUUCUAACAGCUGGCAUCUCCUAACGCUGGAACAUAUGCUGUAUGUAGCUCCUGCUUUUCACCUCACAGAAGAAGCAAAGGUAGUAGAGUGUGUGCGAUGAGCUACUCACCCUGUUGAAUCUGAUGAACACUGAUGAGGCUGAGCACAGGUCAACUAUGAACCUAUUUAUUGCAGUCAUAAUUAAAAAAAAUAUGGUGUGUUGGUGCGU